CCAAUUUCCAAUUCAAUGGCCGCGUUGGCUGCUUGUAAACGCUUGAGUAAAACCGGAACCAAUUCGUGGAUGACUAGCGGAGUUAGAAGAUUUAAGGGAGGGGUUCCCCCUCUCGAUACGUCAAUGUUUCUUCCCUCGGCAAUUCGAUUCUCAACUUCUCCUUCUCCAUUCUCACAAUGCAGACAUGUUUCUCAGCAGCUAGUGAAAUCAAAUGGAAAGAGACUGUUUCUCGUAGACACGUUAGCUUUGGUUAGGAGAUUCGAGGCGGAAGGUCUGCCUUCGAAGCAAGCUGAGGCCAUAACAACUGCCAUAACUGAAGUUUUGAAUGGCAGCUUGGAAAAUCUCUCUCUUUCGGUUGUUUCCAGGACUGACAUGCAAAAAAGUAAUAUGAUUCAAGAAUCCAAUCUUUCGAAGCUGAAAUCAGAAGUUCAAAGUUCUCAGGAGCACCAUUAUUCAUUGCUGCAACACGAGAAUGAGAAGCUUCGGCAUGACAUAGAGAAGAUGCGCAGUGAACUAAGACAUGAAAUUGACAAAGUCACAGCGGAGCAUCGACUGGAUUUGAAUCUUGAAAGAGGGAGAAUAAGGGAUGAGCUUACAAAUCAGAGUGCUGUAACAUCUAACCUCACUAACACACUUGACCGGGAAAUUCAUACAUUAAAGGCUCAUCUGGAAGGUGCAAAAUAUGACUUGAUAAAAUACUGCAUAGGUACACUCGUUUCCAUAUCCACGGUCGGUCUUGCCAUGGUCCGUAUACUAAUGCAGUGACAGAAUA